UCAAAACAUCGUUCCGGCAAGCCAGGCCAAUAACGACCCUAACGACUCCCCGUUACAGAGGAGUGGACCAGUUUCAGUCCAAUCUGCUGUCUUAAUGGCUUUAAGGACUGCCCAUUUCUAAGGGGGUGGACCUGUUUCUGUUGAAGUUUGAUGUGUCUCGGUGACGUAAUUGCCGUGCAUACCAGAGACUAUACAACUUUGCGCACGUGUUGCUUUAUCGCACACAGCAGACGCAGGCGGCUUGUUGUUUUUGCUUAUCUAUUUUGCGCCGUGGAUUUUUGGAAGAACAUUUGCAGUCGUGAUGGCACAAAAGGCGAAAUUGACCAUUCCGGAGAAAUUAUGAGGGAGAAUGACGCUGAAGACGAAGACGAGCAGCAGCUGAUUCUAGGCCCGGUUAAAUGAGUAAGUCAUACAGUUACUUUUUAUUUCCAGCAUCUUUACCUGACAUUUUAUGAAGAGGUAAUAUCAUUUAUACUUUUCCAAUACAACUGAUGUUUCACAUUUUUCAAGGUGAGAAGUCUAUUCUGCAUACUAUUGUGAUUACAAAAUAAAUAUGUCAUUACAGUAUUAGUAUUGUAUUCCUACGCUUAUAAUAAAUCUGUGUCAGAUGCAACAUUAGUUUUAGCCUGGCAUUUAGAUAAACACAGUCAAAUCAAAUCUUCAAAAUAUGUCUUUUUUUCCCCAGUGAUAACAGUGCAGCAGAAGAUGAGAAGUUUCAGACACCUGCCUGUUGGCUACAGACUGCCACAAGGCCUGUGAAGUGUGUGGCUGCCUCUGCCCCAAGAAAAAAAGAGCAGUUCAACCAGGCCAAUCCCUAAAUGAAACAGCAGCAUUCCACCAUGCCACCAUCAGAGUCCUCGCUGAAGACAGACUCUUUGUCCAGCAGCGAGCCUGUUCUGUCUGAGGGAUCAGUGGGGUCGGCACCAUCUUUGGGCAUUAGUCCUGGGCCAAGCAGCACCAUGGAUGUUGGAAGAAAUGAUCAUGAUGGAAUUGAAGACAAAGCGAUGAGCAUGCAGCAGCACAGAGCAGGAGAGAUGAUGGUGUAUGGCUGGAAAGAAGAAAUGGUCCAUCCUCUGAAUCCUGAAUCCUGGGCUGAUCUGCAGAAACUCUCCAAUUCAGCUGAUGAUAAAGACUUUGACUUCAAACCUGCCUUCAUGGCCUCUUUUCUGGACUUCCUAAAGACAGGCAAAAAAGAGUCUGACCUCGCACCGGGACACGAUGGAGGCGAGCAGGAAGCCCUUGACUCCUGUUCCUCUUUGAAGGGAGGAAUCCGGCCGCUGUCAUCACCUCCUCCAUCCCUACUACCACCUUCUCCACAGCCACCUCUAGAAACGUUCACUGAGGAUGGGAAGGGGGAGGGGGCCGAUCUGGCACUCAGCGACUGCUCAAGUCCCUGCAAGCCUCUUGACGAGGAGCUGAAAAGGAACCUAGAGACGCUGCCGUCUUUCUCCUCGGACGAGGAGGACUCUGUUAGUAAAAAUCAAGACCUGCAGGAGAGCAUCUCAUCCGCCAUCUCGGCUCUCUAUGACACUCCACACUCACUGGCUGCUGUGAUGGCCUCUGCCAUGAUCAAGACCCAGCCCAUCCCCUCCCCUCCGACACCACAGGAGCCAUCGCUCAGCCCCCCUUUGCCUGCGAUGCUUCCUGUUGGCCCAGCUGUGGAGAACAUAAAAGAGGAGACGCUGAUGUACAGUCAGCAGCCUACACAAGGAGAUGGGGAGGAGAGUCUUAUCUCCACACAGCCAAGCAGACUGAAAACAGAGGAGAGAGAUCCAGAGCAACGAGAGGAAGAAGAGGAGGAGGGAGGAAAGGAGACUGGGAAUAAUGAGGAAAUAAUAAAUGAGUCACAGAAUGUGGAGAGCCAAGGAAAGGAGCAGGAGGAGAAAAAACCCACUGAAGGUUUGGAGGCUCCUGUAGUUGAAGAUCCUUUAUCAGAACCUGCGCUCGCCUCCACACCUCCAUCUCAAUCCCGCUCUAUCUCACCCUCACCACCCACCUAUUCUUUGCCCUCACCCCUUCCUCCCUUGAGUUUGUCCAUCCCCUCAUCACUGCCGAUCCAGCAGGACGAGGACCAGACAGGUCCAACCCACCUGACCCCAGAGGCUCAGCCUCAGCCGUCAUUAUAUCAUCAGGCUUCAACUGCAGGCACCUCUCCACCACCUUCCACCUCCCCUCCAGCCAUCCCAUCAUCACCGCUCUCCAGCCUUCCCCAGUCCAUCCCACCUCCCUCGACCACUCCGCCACCUUCAUCCUCCGACCACGACCAGGAUCAUGAAGCUGGUGAGCCUUCUCCCUCUUCACCAUCUGCUUCCUCGCCCUCCGCAUCUUCCUCAGAACCACCAUCCCCUCCGACUCCAGAUGAGCCCCCCGCCUCACAGCGCCUCACCUCUCUGCACCUGGCAAAGAAGCAGGCUGAUGCUGCCAUCGCUGGGGAGAGUGAUGAGGAGGACAGUGAGAGCGGAGGCGAGGGAAUCUUUCGUGAACGAGAUGAAUUUGUGGUUCGAACUGAAGACAUCGGUACUCUUAAGAUGGCUUUGCAGACAGGCCGGGAACCCCCACCCAUCUGGAGAGUGCAGAAAGCGUUGCUCCAGAAAUUCAGCCCAGAGAUUAAAGAUGGCCAAAGACAGUUCUGUGCAACCAGCAAUUACCUGGGCUACUUUGGAGAUGCAAAAAUGUGCUACCAGCGUCUUUACGUAAAAUUCCUGGAGAACGUCAACAAGAAGGACUAUGUCCGAGUGUGUUCUCGGAAGCCAUGGCACCGAGCCGGCCAGGCCCUGAGACGGCAGACUCUGGCCAAACAGGUGUCGAGUAUUCACAGUCAAAGCCUGCCCCGAGUGGAGAGAGACGACAGAGACAAGGAGAGACAGAAAGAAAGAGAGCUGAAAGAGCAGAGAGCUAGAGAAAAAGAACGAGAGAGAGAGAAAUUAGAAAAAGAACUAAAAGAAAGAGAGAGGAGGGGGGAGAAGGAGAGACAGGAGAGGGAGCAAAAGGAGAAAGAAAAGUUGAUGAGAGAAGAAAGACAGCGAAGACUAAGGGAGUGCAGUGAAAAGGAGAGAGAGAAAGAGAGGUUGAAUGAGUGGCAAGAGAGAGAGAGGAGAGAAACAGAGGAAAAGGAUAAAGAGAGAAGGGAAUAUGAGCAAGAACAAACUGAAAAAGAGCAGAUGGAGAGGAGGAAUAGGGAGCAGAGAGAGAAGGAGAAACAGGAACAGGAGUGGAGAGAAAGACUGAGACAAGAGAGAGAACAGCAAGAGAAAAGGCUAAAAGAGAGAGAGAAAGGAGAAAGGAAGGAAAUCCCCAAAGAGGAGAGGGAUAGGAGAGAGAGGCAGAGUGAGCAGAAAGAAUGGGAAAGAAGAGAUGUUGAGAGAGACAGGAGGCAGGUAAAUCAUGGAAGCAUAGAUAUUUUAAGAGCAAAAGAAGAGAACAGAGGAGGAGAGGAAAACAAGACGUCGAAAGACAGAGCUGAGCCGCCACCAAAGAAGAGGAAGAAGUGGCUGAAGGAGGUACCGUCCUCCUCCUCUGAGUCUGAUUCCUCCCGGCCAAGUGAGGAUGAAGGGCCCGUGAGGGGAAGCGUGAACAGCCGAGCCAUGAGAGAGAUGUUCAGGAGCUAUGUGGAGAUGCUGGUGAGCACAGCACUCGACCCUGAUAUGAUCCAAGCUCUGGAGGACACUGAUGAUGAGCUGUACCUCCCUCCCAUGAGGAAAAUAGACAGCUUACUGAGUGAACAGAAGAAGAGGUUGUUGAGAAGAGUUAAUAUGAGUGCUCAGCAUCAGGAGGCUUUACAUCAGUACCCCAAAAUGUCAGCAGACCCUCUGGAGCCAGGAGCUGUCAGAGUUCAUCUAGAUGGGGAAGGUUACAGCCGCAAGACCCUCAAUCGUAUCAAGAAGAGUGUUCCUAAGCAACAGGAUAUGAAGCUUUCAAUUGAAACCUGUCGAAUAUACAGUCUAUAUCAUUCCCUUCACCACUACAAGUAUCACACCUUCCUGCACUGCAAGAAGGAGACUGGUAACAUCGAGCAGGCAGCAGAGGACCCUGGCCAGGAGGAGGUGGUGCAGCAGUGCAUGGCCAACCAGGCCUGGCUAGAGAGCCUGUUCAGCUCCUUCAUCGAGCUGCUCACUCUUAGUGCCAAGGCCUGAAGGAGGACCACGGCUUGAACCUCAGCCUGUAAACCCCUGUGUUCACCCACAGCAUCAAGCAAACUGUCUGGUUGCAACCAAAGAACCGCCACUGUCAGUUUGUUGGUGGUACAUGCUUUGUUGUAGAGUCCAUCUUACAUACCUCUUGAUUUCAUAGCUGGUAUUGACCAACAGGAUAAUGAACUCUGAAUGUGGUGGAUUGUCCCCCAAAUCCUGUAAACAGAAAUCACACGGACAGUAUUGUGAAAGAGAUCCUCAGAACUUGAUGGACGCCCGCCCAGCUGUCUUUAAGUAUGUGUUAAUAUCUCUGGGUUGUAUAAUUUAUACAGUGACAUUUUUAAAAAUGCCCACCUCAGCAGUGGGUUGUUUCUUGUUCUUAUUUUUAAAGAAUAUUUUAAAGGGAUGUACAUAAAAUGAGCUGCCCUCUUUUAUUGGUUCUGUUCAACCCACAGAGUUCAAUCUAGAGUUGAGUGAGCUAAGAGGCGAUUUUAGUGGACUACAAGCUGUAAGCAGGAACAUAAACUGUACUUUGUUCCAAACCAUGAUGUUUUUGUUUCUUUUUAAAUAGAUGGUUUACUGCUACAAAUGACAAUGGAAUGGAAAAAAAAAAAUCAAGCACGCCUUUCUCUAAAGAAAUGUGAGGUGAAAAGAUCCUCCAGCAGCCUAAAUGUCCGUGUUUAAUGUUGGUCAUUUUUAUCUGUUUGUUGGUGAUUAAUAUUUCCUAUUGUUCUGCCUCUCCUGGAGACUCUUUCAAUGUGUAAAUACUGUACAGCUGAUACAUUCUCUUGUUGGCAGUUGCUCUUCUGUACAUGAAAUUCCUGUAUUUGACAAAGGGAAAUAAAACUGUUCAAAAUGACAAAUGUGAUGAAAAAUAAACAGCAUCGUGCUCAA